AAACCACAGAUACUUGAGUCUACGCAGAAUCAAAGACCACUUCAGUUCUCUCAGGAGCCCGACACAUCCAGCACUUUAUGCUAGGAAGGUGCCACAUCCCCAACCAUGACUGACUGGGUUAUCUUCAGUGGAGAUGAUUUGUUCUACCUGAUGGAGAACACCAGCUUCUCCCCUGACUACUACAACGGGAGUGACACCUGCUGCUCUGUGCCACCCUGCACCUCCAAGAGUAUCCAGGCCUUUGACAGGGUCUUCCUGCCAGUCCUCUACAGCCUGCUGUUCCCACUGGGGCUAUGUGGGAACUGCAUGGUGAUGGCUGUGCUACUGCAGUGCAAGAGGUCCCUGGCUGGGACCGACGUGUUCAUCCUCAACCUGGCACUUGCUGACGUACUGCUGGUGGUGACACUCCCCUUCUGGGCAGUGCAGGCUGUGCACGGCUGGGUCUUCAGCACGGGUACCUGCAAGCUGGUCGGCUCCAUCUUCAAGAUCAAUUUCUACUCCAGCAUCUUCUUCCUGGUAUGCAUCAGCUUCGACCGGUACCUCUCCAUCGUCCACGCUGUGCACAUGUACAAGAGGAACAAGUCUCAUCUGAUGGUGGCCAGCUGCCUGGUGGUCUGGGGCAUCUGCAUCCUCUUGACCAUGCCAGAUUUCCUGUACCUGGAAGUCAAGAAGGACUAUCGCCUCAACAUCACUUUGUGCUCCCAUAACUUUUCCAUCAACACCUCCCUGCGCUGGAAAACAGCCCUGCACAUCUGCUACCACAUGUUGGGCUUCUUCCUGCCCCUGGCAGCCAUGCUGUACUGCUACAUCUGCAUUAUCCACACUCUGCUGCGCUCCCAUGGCUUCCACAAGCACAAGGCCAUGCGAGUCAUCCUGACGGUGGUGGUCGUUUUCUUUGUGUGCUGGACACCCUACCACCUGGCCCUGCUGGCAAACACGCUGAUCGACCUGCACGUGGUGAGGCGGGACUGUGGCAGGGAGACCAGCCUCGACAUCACCAUGUCUAUCACUGCCAGCCUAGGCUACUUCCACUGCUGCCUCAACCCCCUGCUCUAUGCCUUUAUUGGCAUCAAGUUCCGCAACAAGUUUCUGGAACUGCUGGGCCAUAUGGGCUGUGUGAGUCAUGAGUUCCUGCACAGACACGUACAGACACCGAGCCAGCGCAAGGAUUCCACCUGGUCGGAGACCACUGUGGCCUCCUACUCGGGGCUCUAGGGGGGAUCUGGGGCUGCAAGGGGAGAACCCCUCCCCAAAGGGGUGUGGGGGAGCUGAGGCUGCAAGGGGCAAACAGCUCCCCAAGGGGGCAAGGAAGGGGAGAUGGGGCUGCAAGGGGCAAACCCUUUCCCAAGGGGCAAGGAAGGGGAGAAGGGUGGCAAGGGGUGAAACGCUCCCCAAGGGGCAGGGAAGGGGAGACAAGCAGUCACUAUAAUCAUAGCCAGACACAGCCAGACACCUGUGGUUACCCAGCCUCCUGUGCAGCUCACCACAAGCAGGUGUCCAGGAGCUGUGAGACUCAGAAUGAGCUGGGAAGAAACGGUAACAGAUUUCUGACAGGCUGGUGCAAUCGUCGAAUCUCUGUGGAUCGUAGGUGCAGGUGCCAGAGGUUGUACACAUGGUUUCCAAGCAGGCCAUGGGUCCGUUCUUUCCCCUAAGUCAGUUACCAGGUGCCAAGUGCUGAGCCGUUUCAGUCAAUGCAGCGCGGCUGCAUUUUCAGGGGCUUCAGAUCAUCAUAACAAGAGAGUCUGGAGGUUUCCUACUGAGGACAUUAGUCUGGCUGGAACAGACGGGGCCAGGUCCUGCAGCAGGGCAAGCCAAUGCUGCAAUGCAACAGCCCCGGUACAUACUGGCUGCACACAACAAAGGGACUCACUGACCUCCCCAAAAACCAGCACUUGGAUCCAGGGCCGGCUCUAGGCACCAGCAAAUCAAGGACAUUCUUGGGGCGGCACUUUUCAAGGUACGGCACUCUGUCCCUUUUUUUUUUUUUUUUUUUUUUUUGCUUCGGCAGCACUCUGUUUUAUUUUUAUCUUUUUUGCGCUUGGGGCAGCAAAAAACCAUGAGCCGGCUCUGCUUGGAUCAGAGUCCCUGACUCUCAGCCCAGUGCUCACUCCUCCAAACACUCUCCCUGCUCUCUGCACCCCUUAUGCUUACAAUGAUAGCCCCAUUAUUUUGCUGACCGUAGCAUCUAAUCAUGGAUAAGGCCAGCAUCAAGCAAGGCACUGUACAAACACAGAAAAAAAAAAACAGUCUCUGCUCCACCAGCCAAUGUCCUCUUCCAGUUCAAGUACUUGCUGAGAUACUCACAACCAAACACACACCCAGCCUUACAUAACCUCCCCCAAACACACACACUCCUCACAGCUCCACACCUCCCCCAAACACUCAUCUCCCCCAUCUCCCACUCCCCACUGCCCCCAACACGCACACCCAAAUAAUUGCAAGGGGCAAUCCCCAUGUUGCUUGGUAGUGAGACAGCCCCUGGUGCGUUAGACCCAUCCUGUCUGAGAAGGUGAGCUCUGUGGAGCCAUAACACUUUCUGCAUUUGUGCCCCCCCUCCAGUCCCCCGAUCAAGGUGUCUUGGCGCAGCCUCCCCAGACUGCUCUGCUCCCAGCAAUUGCCCUCCUGCAUUAACAGUUAAGUGAAGAUUUUUGCUGCGAGACUAGUCUGUAUUCUCUAGCCAAACUGAGCGUUAUUGAGAGAACACCCUGCACCAUUCCCUUCUCUCUCCCUCGUCCCAUGAGGCAGGGUUACUCUGCACAGGCCCCCAGCAGUACUCUGAGUAGAAACAUCAGCUUCUAGCCCAGGCAACAGUGACUUUGCUCCCAGUUCAGACUGUGUUUGUAUUUCAUUGACAAAUGCAAACAGGCUUCAGCCUGUGCUGAGCAAAGGAGCCCCUGCUGGUGACUCCCUCCUGCCCACCCCUGGGGUGAACAGGGAUGAUUCUCACUGGCUGUUUGCCCAGUCUUAGGAAGGAUACCCUAUGGGCAGACAAAGAUGACUCAGGGCUGCCAUUCUGUGAAAACUUCUCCAGCUGUGAGGAAAGGAUCCAGGAAUGGCAAGUGUCAGGGACUCUGCAUCUCUCAAGGAUGCAGGAACACUCCAGGAGAAUAUGAUGUUGCAAUAGCAUGAACACAGACACAUUAGCAAUGUAAGGAGAUCAGUGGAGUAAAGCAGCAUAAGAAACUCCGCAGCCACCCAAAGCCCAGAAGGGAUCUCCUCUCCUACCAGGGGCAAUCACUUUAUAGUCUAGCGCUUUGUAGCAUUUGCUCCUGCUUGAAAAGGUUAUUUCAUAUGGCUCUUAUGGUGCACUUUCACAGAGGUUUAUAUUUUCUUGUGCAUUUUAUUCCUAAUAAAAAUUAAUAACCAUUCUCAUCUGAGAGAGAGAUGUGUUUUAGAAAACAAACAAUUUACCAACCCAACUUGGCUGAGCAAUGUAAGGAGCAAUGGUCUAUAGAUGCUUUCAGGCAGGAAAGAGUGAGUUAUCCUGUUUCCCACUUAGGGGUUAUUGCAGAGUAUGGAGUCUGCAUGUUACACCUCUGUGCUGUUGGAAUAGAAACAAGAGUUUGCGCCUUUACUUUGGCUGGCAGACCUCCCUCCCGUACUGGGUAGGUCCAGGUGACAGAGUGGCUAAAACACUGGCAGCCCCCUGGAGCUGUCUUAACCCACACUCCCAGCUGUGCUAUCAGGAACAAUGCUGAGCUGUGGUAUCAAUGGGGGGCAACUUUAGCCAAGAAAGUCAGAGGGAGCAGUGACCCUGAGCUGCAGCUUGUCUCCCCAGUUCUUCCCCUGCUCAGGAACCAGCACGAACUCUGGCCAGAUAUUCCUCAAUUCCCAAAUUGCUCCUGAAGAGAGCCAGCAAGAGCCAGGAUUAGCCCCAGUGUUAACCCCUUUAUGGCAGGCAGGGAUCAGAGACAGGCCUCCUUUUCUGGGCUACUUUAGCACCAUCUUAUGGGCCGCAUCAGGCACUGCCAGUCCCCAAGCCAUAUUAUCUAUCAUGUCUCCUAGGUGCCUGCAGUGCUCUGCAGAGAGAGGAAACCACUGUCCGCUCCAGAGAGGUUUCUAUAGUACAUCAGUAUGUGCUGCACAUGUCAAAGUGCAUUACUGACAGGCAUGCUUUGAGACUCAAAACCACAGAUGGCACCGAGGGAGAAGCCCAUCAGGACAGCAGCCAUUUUGGUAGGUAACAGCAGGAACUUUAUGGUUUGUUUCAGGUUUUUAAUUGAAGUUUUAAACAGAUUCAUUAAAAAUGUCAAAAUAAACCAUGGGCAGCCUGGCUGAGCAGUGCAUGCUGGAGCCAACGGCUGGGUCUGUGGGGCAAACAGGGGUCCAUGGGCUGUGAGACAUGGUGGGGUGAGCGGGGUCUGUAGGGCACAGGACCCAGAAGUGGGUAUGGGUGGGAGUGAGGUCUGCAAGGCACAGGACCCAGAGACGAGUGUCAGGUGGGAAGCAGGGUCCAUGGGGCACAGAAUACUGAGACAGGUUGGGGGCAGGGGGAGGGGUCCAUAUGACAUUCUCCCCUGAGCUUUUGACAGUCCCUCUGGGUGACCAGUUUGUGACUUCAUAGGAGAGUGGCAGCGCAGC